GCAAACAUGGCUGCCAAGCCUGACGGAGAAGAACAUUUUUUGCAGUUGAAAAACGAGGUUGAAAAGCUGCGAGAGAGAGACACUAAGUUAAAAAGUCAAGAAGUAAUAUGCCAAAAAGCAAAAGAGUGGUUUCUGAGUAAAAAGUCAAAGUCUAUGAAAGUCCUUUCGGAGGAGAAGACCUCGGAGUUUGAGCUGCCCGAUGAGUGCAAGUCCGAUGUGCAAUUUUCUGAGAUUCUUGGUGUGCUGACAGAAAUACAAAAGGAGCAGAAACGACUUUUGAUGCUGAAAUAUCAACUUCGUGAAGCCCAAAAGGAACAAGAGGUUGGAUUGAUCAAUGAUAUACUUCUGAAACAAAGCGGUAAUGUAUAAAUUUUAUACGAAGGUCCUCUUGAAUCACUGACCUGAAAUGGUUCAGCAUUUUUAACUCCAAAAACAUUAUGGACAAUUCUCUUACAUCAUGCAUCCAUUAGUAAUUUAUGUUUGCAGGAUUCCUCCAGAAUACACAGGUUCGUCCGAAAAACAAACCACCUCUCGCUGUUUGGUUCUCCGAAAUAACACAAUCUAUAGCCAAAAACUCGGCAGAAAAUCCGAAAGAGGAUCAAUGUAGCAAAAGAAGUCAGUUAUUUUACAAUGUGCAUUAUCUUGAUGGCACAAGACAAUUGCCACAAGAUUUACUCGCUCAGACAAUCUACAGGAAGAAAAUAAAGCAUGGUUUGAAAAAGGAAGAUUUCUUUCAAGAGGUGCUGCAGUUUUCAACAUGUCAUAGAGGACAUUGUGUUUGGAUCAAAAUCACAAACUAUCAAGGCAACAGUCAAUAUGUAGAAAACAACGACUCUGCUGAGAAAUUUAAUCCAUCUUCGUAUCAUAUUGACACUGAUAUUCAUCUUAACGGAUUAAAAGAACGCUUAGUGGAAUUCCUUGCGGCGAAAAAAUCACCUGAAGAUUAUGUCAGGAUUUGCGUUUGGAAAGAAAUCGAAGAAUUGCCACGGUAACACGUAUUCUACAACGAACUGUGAUGGUUCGUGGACUGUCUACCUGAACUGAACUACCUGAAAAAGAACUCUCGAACGUGGUGGUCCAGUGUUGGCAGUGUAGCUAGUAUUCUGUAAUAAGCAGAGUGGGUUACCGUUGUUUGUGUCUAAACUAGCCGAAAAGAUUUCAUAUUGACGUGGUGGUCCGUGCGUUUAUGCAUUCGUUGAAAAAAAGUACCACUAUGUUUCCCGCGAAAAUGGAAAACUAAUUAACAACGUAAUUACCCACUAAUGGCCCCGUUUUUGUCAUUAAAUGUAACGUUGCCAAGUACCAAUUAUCGUAAACAAAUUAUUAUUAUCAAACACAAGAGUUUGUUUUCGCUUGUUAACGGUAAAUAUGGUAGCAACACUGUAGGAUAUUCAUCCAUAUAUUUCUCGUCACAUUCUACGGUGUUCAAAUGCAUUGAGCUCGAUUCAGCAAUGGCCUUAAAGCUCUCGCAAGUUUUGGAUUUAGCGAUAGGAGUUGAUAAUGCUUCGGUGAAUUUGCUACAUCUUCGUGAGGUUCUCGUUACUGUGAUUACGACUCUUGAUAUCGGGCACAUUGGUGUGAAAAAUGAAGUGGACGAAAUUGAUGAGCACGUAGUGGGCGAUGAUAAGUUGGAAGCGUUUGAUGAUGACCAGUUGACAUUGCUGGAAAAUGGAACACAGGAGAAUACUUUGCCUGAUCAAGAUGAGCUGUCAAGCAUUCGUUCCGACGUUGAUACAACUGCACGCAAUGAUGAAAACACGAUCAUCGAGGAGAACGAAGAUUACUGGAAUGAGCACGAAGAUUACUCGAAUGAGCACGAUGUCUCCAAUCACAAAACGAACGACGACACUGGAAAGCACAAAACGCAAAUGCAAAAGGUUCGAACUGUCGAACAGCCGAAACUGAAACGAAGCGAAAGUGUCUUAUCGAAUGUUUCUGCGCAUGCUCGUAAUUCAACAUUGGCAAGCAAAGUUUUUGGGCUUGAAGAAAAUUUGAAACGCUUACAGAGCAUUGUGGGUAGUUUGAUAUCGCAAGUCGAUCCCAAUAACAACGUAUUCAACUCGAACCCAGGGCAGUUUGCGGCGAAUAUAGAGCACUCGAUACCAUUGGGAGACAUUGGUAAUAGUUCUGUUCAAUACAGUGAGUGUGUCACAAGCUUGGAACCUGGACACGAGUGGAUUGAUAACUCAGUCGACGAUCCAAACCGCCCGGUCACCCAGCCCGUGCUUGCGUCAUCAAAAUUGGCACCAAUCCCCACUCGAUCAAAAACUGCCGGGUUUUCAGCUAAGAAAAGUAAACAGUCACGAAGGCAAGGUAGUUUGCCGCUGAAGUUGAAACCUCGUCAGUUUGUUCCCACCAUUGCUGAGGAGACACAACGGGGUGAACAUGCGAUACAAGUGGUAAAUGAGGAUAACCAAGGCAUUAGGGAUGGACAUGGGAUAAAGGGAGUGACCAAAGAUAAGCAACUCUCCAAGGGGAGUUCUGGAGAUAUUCGAAAAAUAGCAAAGAUGAAUGCUGGAGAUAAGCAAGACAUUCAGGGUGAAGAAUGGAUAGGUGAUGAUAACUCUAAGGACAAAGAACUAACUGAAGAAUACUUGCUAUCUGAUGACGAGAGCGAAGAGCCGGAAGAGGAUAUAGAGGACCGCAUAGAACAAGUAUUCGAAGCAGCCCUAAAUGAUACCAGUGAUCCACAGAACGUCGCAUACGCCAUGCGUCUUGGCUUAGAGCAGAUGAAGCGCAUGAGGGAAGAAUUUCAACGCGCUCAGGAAAACGUCAGAUUGGAAGUGGAAACAUGCCGGAAUUACAUUCAGUCUUUUCGUGAGGCUAUUAACGUCUUGAAGGGGGAAAAGAAAAACCAGGAAACGGAGCAGUUCAACGCCUUACACCAUGUCCACCGUCAGAUUAAUGAACUGGAACAGAAACAGACGAAACUCAGCAAGACCGUGAACGAACUUGUCGACGAAUUCAACCGACACGAGUCGGCGUUUUCCGACAUUCAGAAUUCGUUAGAUGAAAUGAACGAACACAAAGUAGACAAAGUUUUCCUGUCAACGAAGUUCGACGACAAAGCGAACAAAGAUGAGUUGCGUGAUAAGGUUAGUCUGAGUGUGUUUGAUGAAAGUUUUUCGCUGCUUGACCAAGCUUUGGGCGACGCCCUUGAGAAAAUGGCGAACCAAAUGAGCUUGGAGGAGGCGAUGCGAGAAACGUUGAACGAGAUGCAAUCCGGAAUGGCAAUGAAGUUGAACCGCGAAGAUAUGGAAAGUUUGAAGAUUGAGCUGGAAGCACGGAUUAAGGAAGUUCGCGCCGCCCAAGAGAAGGGACUGGUUGCCAAAAACGAAGUGCCGCGUGAUCCCGCGGGAUUUAAGAGAUACGUCGAGAAGGCUCGUUGCAUUUCGUGUGAUCAAGACGUCGAAAUCGAACCGUCCCAGGCCUCGGUUCGACCCUCUCUCCCCAAAAGUCAACCGCUGGCUCGAAUCCCGCGAUCACGUGAUGUAAACAAGAAAGUUGUCGAUGACGAGCAUCGAAUUUCUAAGCUCAAGGCAGACAUGAUCCCGGGGACUGGGUUCCAAGAUCUCACAUUGUUUCCGAUGUCUCAACGAUUCUGUGGCGGACGUCACACGAUCACACGCGGAAAUAAACGAUUUCUGGGGCCGACACUGAAUGAUUACAUAGUGAUUCACGAAUCCGAUCACGUCACAUUGCCCCCACGGGAGUUCAUCGUACAGUCGAGGGAUUCCGGCGGCUUACGAAGGUUAACGAAACGGAAACUGCCGGCGAUUAACGAUCUCAAACAUCUGCCAGACAUUCGGGAGGAAGGUAACAUUUUGAAAGGAAACAGCGAUUGUGAAAACUCAAAUUAUGAGAAUUGAAACAUAAAUCGACUUGUACUUUCUAGUGACUAUUGUAUAGAUCCUGGUUAAGUCAUGCCCGUACUAAACGAGCAGAAAACUAUUAUUUUGUUUAAGAGAAACCAAAUACGGCUCUGAUCAAACGUUUUUCAAAUCCUUUUUCACUCAAUUGGUUUUAUGCUGAAACAUAAGCCUUAAUUCAACGUUGAAACAACGUCGAUUUUU